AAGUCAUCAGUUUAAUUUAAAAACAAACCUAAAACGCCAGCACAAGCCAAAAUUAGAACACUUAUUUAUUUGCAUAUAUUUGCAAGAAAUGACAUGUAAGGUUUCCGAUGAUUGGAUGUUCAGUGAGGAUAUUCAGCUGAGGACCGAGUUUAAGUUGUAUAAUAUAAUGCCGGGCAACCAAUUCCGGGGUCGAAUUCUUCACUAUUGCCACAAAAAGCAUAUAACCGGAUAUAUAAUAUUCACCCAUGGCGGUCGUCAAGCAUUUGGAGUGAUGGAUGGCAAGCGGAAAGAUUUAAACCGGAUAAAGCACUGCCUGCUGAGUUUCUUCAUUCCAGAACCCUUUUCCCAACGAAUCAGUUUCUCAGCCUACGAGAUAUGCUUCAAUCCGAACAAAGAGGACUUUAAAAUCAAGUAUACCAUUCCUAAAGACGCCAAAUUCCUGGGAGAUCUUUACGAGGACUGUUUUCUGAGGUCCAAGAAUGAAAGAAAGGAACCCCAAGAGGAAAGCGAGGAAUCUAGAGCCUUGCUCGCUGAAUAUGCCGACUUCUAUAACUCAGAAUAUUUCAACAAUUCUAUUUCGACAGUGGACACCGAAAGCUAUGGCUUUGCCAGCACAGGGCCCGGUUCUGUUUCGUCGCGGUGAUUUCUCGCAGUGUAGAUGCAACUCGUGCUGGCCAUUGUUCAACACUAUUUGCGGCACUCAAUCUCUUAAUUAAAUAUGCGACUAACUGGCAGCUCGGAGGCACUCGAAGAGUGGCCCAGACAUAGCCGUUUAGUGU